AGAGAGUGAGACUCAGCAAGGUUGAGCAAGGUCACACAGCUGUAAGCAGUGAGGGCAGGCUCUGAACCCAAGCCCUGCAGCCCCGGCUGUUGAACACUCCGGGUUCUGAGAUUGUAUUUGGUUGUCACUCUUGUCCUGCCUGAAGUUUUCUUCUGUCUUCACCACUAAGGCACGAGGACCGUCUGCUUCCACUCCUGCCUUCCCAUCUACUGAAUUAGUUUCCUAGUACGAAUUACCUGGAAACAAUGUACCACACGGUGGGCAGCUUCAAACAACAGAAAUUUAAAGUCUCAGUCCUGAGGCUAGAAGCUGGAAAUCAAGGUGUGAGCAGGCUUGCUUGCUCCUGGGGGCUCCAAGAAAGACCCUGUUCCACGUCUCCCCUGUAGCUUCCGGUGGUUUUGCAAUCCUUGGAGUCCUUGGCUUGUAGAGGCUUCUCCCCAGUCUUUGCCUCCGAUGUCACAUGGCCUUCUCCCUGUGUGUGAGCCCAAAUUUCCCUCUUAUAGGACACCUGUCAUUGGAUUUAGGGCCCAUCCCAAUCCGGAACACCUCCUCUUAACUUGAUUACAUCUGCAAAGACCCUAUUUCCAAAUAGGGUCGCAUUCACAAUUUCCAGCGGACGUGAAUUUGGGGGCACUAAUUCAUCCCAGUAGGCGUCUAUCAAUUGAGGAAGAAGUAUGGAGCAUCUUCCCAAGAAAUACAGGCAACCCUAAUAAAGAAUAAGGUGGUCAUUACAGGCACACGGAGAGAUCCGAGGCCUGAGGUUGACGGAAAACAGGAAGUUUCGGAAUAAUAAGCUUAGUAUGAAGAUUCCCCUGGAAAACACACACAGAAAGCAUUUCCUAUGUUUCCUAUGCACGUACACGUGUAAGUGCGCACACGUCUGAAAAGAUUCGGGCCAUACCCGUCGUUACGGGGCCUCUUUACCGCCAUCUGUCAGGUUUCCAUUCAUUAAACGAGAAUGCACCUGCGAACUCGUUAUGAAGUUCAAGGUCACCGUGUUCCGAGCGUGGGCAUCCUUGGCCGCCAUGCAGGCCCCUGCGUUGUCGCCCUCCCGCCAGCAGGGAGCGCCACCGCACUGCCCCGCGCCGCGCGCCGCUCUCCGCCCGGAAGCCCCGCCCCGGCGGAAGCUGGGCGUACGCACAUCCUGGAAGAUGGCGGCGUCCACGAGCACGGGAGCGGCGGGUCGUGGCGGCCGCCGGGAGCGCGUGGCCCGCAGGAGGCACGGGGGCGGGCCGCGCCGCGGGCCGGGUGGCGGCGGGGAUGGGGCCCUGAAGCGGCUGAGGCUGGCGGUGGAGGAGUUCGUGCAGGCGACCUCCGAGGGCGGGCCCCCCGGCGACUGCGCGGCGCCCCGGGCGGAGGGGCGCGGGCGCCCGGGCGGGAGGAAGAGCCGCAAGGAGCUGAGGAGGGAGAAGCGGCAGCUGAGGAAGGCGCGCCGGCUGCAGAGGGCUGCGGGCCCCGCGCAGGGCCCGGGCCCGGGAGAUGGCCCAGCCGGGGGAGCGAGCGGCCCCCGGGCGGGCGAGGAGGGGGGCGAGGGCGGCCCGGCGCCCCCGCGGCGCACCCCACGGCCGCCCGCGCGGCAGCGCGCUCCCCGCGCCCCGGCCGAGGCCGCCCCAGCCCGCGCCCAGGCCAGGGGCCCGCCCGGGGGCACCGGGUCCGCCGCUGCCGCCGCCGCCCGGAAACGAGCACUUCUGGCGGCCAACGAGGAGGAGGACCGCGAGAUCCGGAAGCUGGAGCGCUGCCUCGGCCUGAAGAAGCGCCGGAGGAAGGGCGACGGGAGCGCCGUGCCGCUGAGCUUCGCCCGCGAUGGGCUCGACUAUAUCCUGGGAGCCCUGGAGUCUGGGAACAGUGGGGGCUUGUAUGAAAGCAGUAGUGAGGAGGAGGAGGGUGCCGGGGAGACGCUGCCCGAAAGUGACGUAGAGAGCGACCCCGAGGACGAGAGGGAGGAGGAUCGGGAGGAGGAUGCGGAAGAGGAAAAGGAAGAGCAGGACGCAGAGGCGGGAGCACCGAGCGAGGAGAGCGAGGAGGAGGAGGAGGAGGUAGAAGAGGAGAAGCGAAAAAAAGCCGAAGAAGCUGAAGGGAGAGCCAAGGAGAAAAGGGGUGAAAAGAGAGUCCGUUUUGCAGAAGAUGAAGAAAGGAGGGAAAAUUCCUCGGAGGAUGUUGACACAACAGAUGAGCAGAGUCUGUGUGAAAAUGGUGGAAAAUACAUCCCACCUCAUGUGCGGCGAGCUGAGGAGACAGCAGAUGCCCAGAAAAAGGAAGAACUGGAGAGGCUAAAGAAACACGUCAAAGGUCUCAUUAACAGGUUGAGUGAAGCGAACAUGGCCUCCAUAAGCGGACAGCUGGAGGAGCUGUACAUGGCCCACAGCAGGAAGGACAUGAGUGACACUCUGACAGCCGUCCUGGUGAGCGCCUGCGCCCCGGCUGCGACCAUGCCCAGCAGGCUGGUGAUGGAGCACGUCCUCCUGGUCAGCAUUCUCCACCGCACGGUCGGGAUCGAGGUCGGCGCUCACUUUCUGGAAGCUGUGGUGAGGAAGUUUGAUGACGUCUAUAAAAACAGGAGUGAAGGCAAAGAGUGUGACAACCUGUUUUCCAUCAUUGCCCAUUUAUAUAACUUCCAUGUGGUACAUUCUCUCCUCAUCUUUGACAUUUUGAAAAAGCUUAUUGGAACUUUCACAGAAAAAGAUAUUGAACUGAUUCUGUUAAUGCUGAAAAACGUCGGCUUUUCAUUGAGAAAAGAUGAUGCUUUGUCACUCAAGGAACUGAUUGCUGAGACACAGGCCAAGGCCAGUGGGGCGGGCAGCACGUUCCAGGACCAGACCAGGGUUCGGUUCAUGCUAGAGACAAUGCUGGCGCUGAAGAACAAUGACAUGCGUAAGAUUCCAGGCUACGACCCUGAGCCUGUGGAGAAGCUGAGGAAAUUACAGAGAGCUUUGGUUCGCAGUGCCGGCUCAGGCACGGAGACUCAGCUCCGCGUCUCCUGGGACAACGUCCUGAACGCCGACCAGACCGGGCGCUGGUGGAUUGUGGGGUCCGCGUGGAGCGGGGCCCCAAUGAUUGACAGCGGUCAGCAGAAGAUCCCGCAGAAGCAGCUCGCAGGGACGGUUAGCUCAAAGAUACUAGAACUCGCCCGAAAGCAGAGAAUGAACACCGACGUCAGGAGAAACAUAUUUUGUACGAUAAUGACGAGUGAAGAUUUUUUGGACGCAUUCGAAAAGCUUCUAAAGCUUGGCCUUAAGGAUCAGCAGGAGAGAGAAAUAGUUCAUGUUCUCAUGGAUUGCUGCCUUCAGGAGAAGACAUAUAAUCCUUUCUAUGCCUUCCUGGCCAGCAAGUUCUGUGAGCAUGAAAGGAGGUUUCAGAUGACUUUCCAAUUCAGCAUAUGGGACAAAUUUCGGGACCUGGAAAAUUUGCCAACCACUAAUUUUUCUAAUUUGGUUCAUCUGGUGGCCCACUUGUUGAAGACGAAAUCACUUCCACUUUCCAUUUUAAAGGUGGUUGAAUUCAGUGAAUUGGACAAACCCCGAGUCCACUUUUUACGGAAAGUGUUAUACAUACUAUUAAUGGAAACAGAGGUUGAAGACCUUGGUUUAAUUUUUGCAAGAGUAUCUGACAACCCAAAGCUCGGCAUGUUGCGAGAAGGCCUGAAGCUUUUCAUCAGCCACUUCUUGUUAAAGAGCACGCGGGCCCACAGCAGCGCCGAGGAGGCCAGCACGCUGAGAGAGAGAGCUGAUCUCGCGGCAAAGUCUCUGCAAGGAAAGGCUUCCUUGAGAAUGUAGUCCAGAGGAACGGGAGCACGGGCGGGUCAUUUGUCUGUGAGAUUCCUUUUAAACCCAGGAGGCCUGUUGUUGUGCUGACUGUAAAAGCUUAGUGGAGCUGUAUCGGGGUCGUUGUAGUUGAAAUAUUUUGAGAAUUUUGGGAUCCAGGGUUAUAUUGUAUUUGUAUUUUAAACCAUUUUUAAAUAACUAUAUAUAUGAGGCAGGGUGGACGAGAAGGCAGGAGGGGCAGACAGGACAGUGAUCUCUGAGUAAUGAGACUGGUGUGUGGGGUGCAAGGGUGCGCACGUGCAUGUUUGUCUUAUAUUUUUAAUAGACAAAAUGGGCCACCAGAGGGUGCAGUUCUUAUAAAGAAACUGAUGUAUUUUUAUUUUUUAUAUAUUGGUUAAAAGUUCAAAAACCAUCGGUUAAAUGUGGUGCCUCAUAUUUAAUUGAUUAUUUAAAGUAUUUGGAGCACAAGUGUUUUGGAAAAGUCAACGGUCAACUUAAGCCUUGCAAAUAUCGGUGCAAUAUAGUAUGUAUGGGAGUUUUUCUUCAUUAUUUAUCCAAAAAUCAGACUUGGUGAAGCAUGUUCCCUCGUUUGUGUCCAUCGCCGUAGUCGUCAGUCCGGGCUGUGCUGCACGCUCCUGGACCAGCCGAGACGGCGCUUCGGGGGCGCUGCCGGCCAAACUGGGCUCUCGGAGGUGCGUGCAGAGGAAGCGGAGCUGCUCCUGCAGGGGCAGACGUCCAGUGAGACACACACCACGCCUCCUCCAAGUCCGGCAACCGAUUCUCCAGGAAGUGAAAUGCCCUGGCAUGCCUUCUGUCUGCUGCAGAUUCAGACGUCUGUGGUUUCUCCAGGCCUUAGAAUUUGCUCCUCUCUCUCAAAUGCUGCAGACUUGGCUUAAACGUCACCUUCGGGUGUUGAAAAAAGUCACCAAGACGUGAGUAUAGGAUAGUGUUCUACAUACCGUGUGCGCACACGUACCCGACAGCACACUGCCCUUCGGAGUGGCCCCCUGGGAACGCUGCGUGAGCAGAGUGAGGUCGCUCCUGUCCAGACCCCCCAUUGGUCAUGCGCUUUCAGAUGGUGUCCAGUGUGACCCCACAACAGCUCGUGUUUGGAGAUCAUCGUGUGAAGCUGUGAAUGUUUCUGUGCGUGUCCCUAAACUAGUGGUUUAAGUGUCAAAUGUGCCAGGAACGUAAGAAGCUGUUCCUCCUCAGGUUAGCGCGAGUCUUCACCCUCCGUUCAGGAGGCACCGAUGGCCGCGCUGUAGCCACAGCCCUGCAUCUGUCGGCCGCGUCCGACCCUAGAGGACAAAGGAGGCGGCUGCAGGCACUGGGGGUGCGCUGAGUGAGCUCCCGCAAUUCAUUAAGGGACUUUAUUAAAACUGUCUGCUGGGUGGUGCUGGGGUGCAGGAGGCCGGCUCUGCUCCCGGCGCCUGCCCACGAGGCCAAGGAGCCGAGCUGGAGUGUGACAGCACGCUGCUUCCGUCAUCCAGAGUCCUGCUCUGAAGAAGGAAGUGCCAGUUCAGUGACGCUGGCCUUACGUUCUGGUAAGCCCCUGUCUCCGAGCCUUCGCAGACUGGCGGCCCUGAGUAGCGCUGAGGUAGCAGACUGAGUCAGAAUCAGUUAUGGGCAAAUGUCACUGCGCUGCUGCCAUCUAACUUCAUGCGUCUUGUGGUCACUAAACCUUGUUGAGGUGUAGCUGAGCUCGAGCUGACUCCUGUAGAAGAUAAACUUCUGUAAACUGAAUCCCAUUUUUAUCUUGUCCUUUAUUAUUAAAAUAAAAAUGUCUUGGGGCCGGCCCUGUGGCCAAGUGGUUAAGUUCGCGAGCUCCGCUUCCGUGGCCCAGGGUUUCGCUGGUUCAGAUCCUGGGUGCAGACAUGGCACUGC